AUGGACAAAGAACUCAUCAGCACAGUAAACAAGCUGCAGGAUGCGCUGGCCACCGCGGGCCCGGCGUCCAACCCCAUCGAUCUGCCCCAGAUCACGGUGGUGGGCUCGCAGUCGUCGGGCAAGUCCUCGGUGCUGGAGAACAUUGUGGGCCGAGACUUUCUGCCCCGUGGCACCGGUAUCGUCACGCGACGACCGCUGGUGCUGCAGCUCAUCAACCGACGGCCCACUGACGAGCUGGGCGCCCAGAAAGACGUUUCCGGCGAACGAACCAACGAGACCAACGAGGACGAGUGGGGAGAGUUUCUGCACCUGCCCGGCAAAAAGUUCCACGACUUCAACGAAAUCCGAAACGAAAUCGUGCGCGAGACGGACGCCAAGACCGGCAAGAACCUGGGAAUUAGCUCCGUGCCCAUCAACCUGCGUAUCUACUCGCCCCACGUGCUGACCCUGACUCUGGUCGAUCUGCCCGGUCUCACCAAGGUGCCUGUGGGCGACCAGCCCAAGGACAUUGAGCGGCAGAUCCGAGAAAUGGUACUCAAGUUUGUCUCCUCGCCCAAUGCCAUCAUUCUGUCCGUCACAGCCGCCAACACCGAUCUGGCCAACUCGGACGGUCUGAAACUGGCUCGAGAAGUCGACCCCGAGGGAGCCCGAACCGUCGGAGUGCUCACCAAGAUUGAUCUGAUGGACCAGGGAACUGACGUGAUUGAUAUUCUGGCCGGACGAGUCAUCCCCCUCAGAUACGGCUACGUGCCCGUUAUCAACCGAGGACAGAAGGAUAUCACCUCCAACAAGAGUAUCAAGGCCGCCCUGGAGUACGAGAAGGACUUCUUUGAGAACCACCCCUCGUACAAGGCCAAGGCCCAGUACUGUGGUACUCCUUACCUUGCCAAAAAGCUCAACAACAUUCUGAUGCUGCACAUCAAGGCGACUCUUCCAGACAUUAAGGCCCGAAUCGACAAGACUCUGCACAAGUACCGAACCGAGCUCGAUCAGCUGGGACCCUCUACUCUUGGUUCCUCCUCCUCUAUCGUUCUGAACAUGAUCACUGAGUUCUGCAACGAGUACCGAGCCGUUCUGGAUGGUAAGGGACAAGAGGUAACUUCUCUGGAGCUUUCUGGAGGUGCCCGAAUCUCGUUUGUGUUCCACGAGAUUUACUCCAAUGGUGUCAAGGCUCUAGACCCCUUUGACCAGAUUAAGGAUGUGGAUAUUCGAACCAUUCUGUACAACUCUGCCGGUUCUUCGCCGUCACUGUUUGUAGGCACUGGCGCUUUCGAGGUGCUGGUCAAGAAGCAGAUCAGACGAUUCGAGGACCCCUCUCUGCGGUGUGUCACUCUUGUCUACGAUGAAUUGGUGCGAAUCAUCACCCAGAUUCUCACCAAGCCUUCUUACCACCGAUACCCUGCUCUCAAGGAGAAGAUCAACGCGGUAGUGAUUGCCUUCCUGCGACAGUCUCUGGUGCCCACCAACAAGAUGGUCACCGACACCAUCAACGCCGAGGAGUCGUACAUCAACACUGGUCAUCCCGACCUGCUCAAGGGCUCUCAGGCCAUGGCUAUUGUGUCUGAGAAGAUGGGCGGCACCACUGGCGUGCCCAAGGCCAUCGACCCUGCCAACCCUGCGGCUGAGGAGUCCACCGGCUUCUUUUCGCAAUUCUUUGCCUCCAAAAAUAAAAAGCGACUUGCUGCCAUGGAGCCCCCGCCAGCUGUUCUCAAGGCUUCUGGUACCAUGACCGAGCGAGAGACUCUGGAGACGGAGGUGAUCAAGCUGCUGAUCCAGUCUUAUUUCAACAUUGUGCGACGGACCGUGGCCGACAUUAUUCCCAAGGCUGUCAUGUUGAAGCUGAUUAUGCAUUCCAAGCAGGAGAUUCAGAAGGAGCUGUUGGAGAACUUGUACAAGUCGGACAAUCUGGACGACAUGGUCAAGGAGAACGAUUUCACUGUGCAGCGACGAAAGGAGUGCCAGAAGAUGGUCGAGGCUCUUUCCAAGGCCGCUGAGAUUGUGCAGAGUGUAUAG